CAGCGGGCGGUGGCGAUAGAGGUCGAGGGGUGUCAGACGCGCGGAGUAGCUGGUGGGGCCGUGGCGGCAGUCGGGAUAGCAGGGCCGUGGCCAUGGGGGGCUUGAAGGACGAGCUGCUUAAAGCCAUCUGGCACGCCUUCACCGCGCUCGACCUGGACCACAGCGGCAAGGUCUCCAAGUCCCAGCUCAAGGUCCUUUCCCAUAACCUGUGCACGGUGCUGAAGGUUCCACAUGACCCUGUUGCCCUUGAAGAGCACUUCAGGGAUGAUGAUGAGGGGCCUGUCUCCAAUCAGGGCUACAUGCCGUAUUUAAACAAGUUCAUUUUGGAAAAGGUCCAAGACAACUUUGACAAGAUUGAAUUCAAUAGGAUGUGUUGGACCCUCUGUGUCAAAAAAAACCUCACAAAGAGUCCCCUGCUCAUUACAGAAGAAGAUGCAUUUAAAGUAUGGGUUAUCUUCAACUUUUUAUCUGAGGACAAGUAUCCAUUAAUUAUUGUGCCAGAAGAGAUUGAAUACCUGCUUAAGAAACUUACAGAAGCUAUGGGAGGAGGUUGGCAGCAAGAACAAUUUGAACAUUAUAAAAUCAACUUCGAUGACAGUAAGGAUGGCCUUUCCGUGUGGGAACUGAUUGAGCUUAUCGGAAACGGACAGUUUAGCAAAGGCAUGGACCAGCAAACGGUGUCCAUGGCAAUUAAUGAAGUCUUUAAUGAGCUUAUAUUAGAUGUGUUGAAACAGGGUUACAUGAUGAAAAAAGGCCAUAGACGGAAAAACUGGACUGAACGCUGGUUUGUACUAAAACCCAGCAUAAUCUCUUACUAUGUGAGUGAGGAUCUGAAAGAUAAGAAAGGAGACAUUCUCUUGGAUGAGAACUGCUGUGUAGAGUCCUUGCCGGACAAAGAUGGAAAGAAAUGCCUUUUUCUCAUAAAAUGUUUUGAUAAGACCUUUGAAAUCAGUGCUUCAGAUAAGAAGAAGAAACAAGAGUGGAUUCAAGCCAUCCAGUCUACUAUCCAUCUGUUGAAGCUGGGCAGCCCCCCACCACACAAAGAAGCCCGCCAGCGUCGGAAAGAACUCCGAAAGAAGCUGCUGGCUGAGCAGGAGGAGCUGGAGCGACAGAUGAAGGAGCUCCAGGCGGCAAAUGAAAACAAGCAGCAGGAGCUGGAGACCGUGAGGAAGAAACUGGAAGAAGCAGCAUCUCGGGCAGCAGAAGAAGAAAAGAAGCGCCUUCAGACUCAAGUGGAGCUGCAGGCCAGGUUCAGCACAGAGCUGGAGCGGGAGAAGCUUAUCAGGCAGCAGAUGGAAGAACAGGUUGCCCAAAAGUCCUCUGAACUGGAACAGUAUUUGCAGCGGGUCCGGGAGCUGGAAGACAUGUACCUAAAGCUGCAGGAGGCUCUUGAAGACGAGAGACAGGCCCGACAAGAUGAAGAGACUGUGCGGAAGCUUCAGGCCAGGUUGCUGGAGGAAGAGUCUUCCAAGAGGGCUGAACUGGAGAAGUGGCACUUGGAGCAGCAACAGGCAAUUCAGACAACGGAGGCGGAGAAGCAGGAGCUGGAGAACCAGCGUGUCCUUAAGGAGCGGGCCCUCCAGGAAGCCAUGGAGCAGCUGCAGCAGUUGGAGCUGGAGCGGAAGCAAGCGCUUGAGCAGUACGAGGGAGUUAAAAAGAAGCUGGAGAUGGCAACCAGUAAGACCAAGAGCUGGAAGGACAAAGUGGCCCAGCAUGAAGGGUUAAUUCGAUUGAUAGAACCAGGCUCAAAAAACGCUCACCUGAUCACUAACUGGGGCCCCGCAGCGUUCACCCAGGCAGAGCUGGAGGAGAGGGAGAAGAGCUGGAAGGGGAAGAAGGCCACGGAGUGAGCGGAGCCAUGUGGGUUCCGAGCGGAGCUGGAAAGCUUGAUGCUAAAGACAAAAGGACCUGGCUUUGCUGCUUCUAACCCUCCUUCCUCCAGCGCCUCCUGUGGGGUCAGUAUACUAAAGGAGCCUUCUUACUUACCUGCCUGCAAAUAAGGGCUUACCCGAGAAAAAAAAGGUCGACAUCCUCAGGCUUUAUUCGCGCUUUCUUUGAAAGCUUCUGCUUCUAGAAAUUCCUUUUAGCUCUGAGUUUCUCAUCAGAAGGAGGCAGGGCCCAGACGACGCAGUGGUGCCCUCCAUCUGUCGUGUGUGGCGGGGAGCGGGCGCUCAGCUCACCAGUGUCAGAACCUCUGCGGACUGGAGCCAGUUGGCCAGUUGUUUUCCUGGCAGUGAGUUUCCUCCUCUGAGUGCUUGUUUCUAAACUAGACGGGCCAGUCUGCUUGCUGUGGCCUGCGGCUGACGCGGAAUGCCUCUGACCAUUGCUGCUCUGCUGGAGAAGUCACUGCUCCCGCAUGUGGACCUCGUUCUAAGUGGUCACAGUCCAUGUAUUUGGUUGUGCAGGUUUCUGUUUAAUGCAGCCUGACCAACUGGCACCCUGGCUCCAGCGGCACUGUCUCAAGGAGGCAGAAGUCUUCUAAACAACGCAUUGGUUGAGACAGAUACUUAUGAAUCAAAGACAGCACAGAGAUGAACUAAGUAAAUCCCAUUGGAAUGAUAUUUUGAUACUGAAUUCCUCUUCAUAUUUAAAAUGGUUUCAACUGUCAGCGUGCUGACCGACAGACCCCUUGGUUUUACUUUUGUAGUUACUGUACAGAACAUUUCAGGAGUGUGUGAAUGCUUGUCCUAAUCAGGCCUUUUCCUUAAUAAAUACGGAUAUGAUCAUUUCUAGGAAUUAUCAUGAAAAAAGUUUUAAAAUGUAUUUUUGUGACGUGCUAUGUUGAGAGGGAGCAAAAUAUUUAUAAUUUGCAAACAUUCUUACCUAAAUAUUGUACACUGUAAUUUGCUGAACUUUCUUAAUUUUUUGCUAAUUUUCUAAGAUGUAUUAAAAAUAUUUUGUAUGGUUUUUGUUUGUUUUUUAGUAAAAGGAACUAAGUAAGAAAGUAAAGAAUACCAGAAGAGCA